CUUACUUUUUAAAAAUAAUAUGGUUUGAAAUAUGAAAAUGUCACUCUGAUAGCAGCUCCUGGCAUCUUCAUGUUGCAAUGUUAAAAAUUCGAAAGACUACGACAAAAACUGUAAAUCACACCAGGAAUCUGUCUGUAAUAUGGAUCUGACAUCACAGCUGAGGGCCCUUCUACACUGCCACGUAAUACAGAUAAUUAAAGGAGAUAAUUCACAUUAUCUGCUUUGAACUGGAUAAUAUGGGUCUACACACUGUCAUUUAAUCCAGUUCAAAGCAGAUAAUCUGAACUGUAUAUGGAAGUGUAGAAGGGGGGGCUGAGCUUCUAAUCCACAGAAAUUGUGCUCGAAAUCUUGUGAUUUAAAGAAGACAAUUCCUGAUUUCAACAAAUCUGGAUUUACACACACACACACAAACACUCUCUCACCAACACACAUGCUCAUCCACACAUGCACACCCACACACAGAGUAUCCCAUAGAGUCUAUGAUCACUAAUAUAUGAAAGCAUAACUUUCCUGUACUUGGAACACACUUCCCAUUAUCCCCAGAUGUUGAGAACUGUACUCUUGUAUUGUAGGUGGAGGAUGCUGAUUUGGGAAAAGUUCCCCUAGAAUAGUGGUUCUCAACCUGUGGGUCCCUAGAUGUUUUAGCUUACAACUCCCAGAAAUCCCAGCCAGUUUACCAGCUGUUAGGAUUUCUGGGAGUUGAAGGCCAAAACAUCUGGGGACCCACAGGUUGAGAACCACUGCCCUAGAAAGAUUUCAGUCUUAACAUUUGUUUGGGAUCCUAUGAGUAUGAUGCUUUACUUUGCUGCGUCUUUGCAUCUCGGUUGUAAAGGGUUCCUUCUGAGAUCGUUUAAAAGUGCAAAAGUUUAUAACCAUGAAGUUCUCAGCUAAGGGCAGCGUAAGAAGUGGCAAACAUCUGGAAAACCGAACAGGGAAAUUCCUCACGUGUUUUUUCCCCCUUUCCUUUUCCCCCUCCCCUUUUGUAUCUGUGUGCAAGGGAAAAGGAAACUGAACAGAUUGCUUGCGGGAAUUUUUAGUGUGACGUCGUGGUUUCAAGGAGGGAGUAAAGCAAUAAAAGGCGUUGCAAGAGCAACAGUCAGCCAGUCAAGCCAGCAGGCAGCAGCAGCAACAGUGAGUCAACAUGAACUGCAGCCUUCAGAACAAAAGUGUGCUGCUCCACUCUGAUGGAGAGUGUGACAGGCAAAGCGUGCUGGCUUUGCAGCCUCUUUGGGACUUUGUCAGAACACAGGAGGCCUUGAUCAAGUCGCCGUUCUUUCCAGUCCUGUUCAGCUUUACACUGUAUGCAGCCUUCUGCCUGCCUUUUGUGGCCUUGGACUUCUUCAGCACCCGGGUGCCGGCAUUGAAGAAAUACAAAAUCCAGCCGCAGAUGUCUCCUACGCUGGGAAUGAUGGUGCUCUGUGUGGUACAAACCAUCUAUCACCACAUCGUCUGCAUCUUCCCGGUGACUGUUGCCCAUUGGUACUGGAGACCAGUCAGUUUGCCGGCGCUGGCUCCAGAUUUGUCCAAACUCUUCUUGGACGUAAUCAUUUGCUUGCUGCUUUUUGACUUCUUCUAUUUUCUGUGGCAUUUGCUCCAUCACAAAGUGCCAUGGCUCUACAAGAACUUCCACAAGGUCCACCACAAGCAUGUCUCUACCUUUGCUCUUUCCACCCAAUAUGCAAGCGUUUGGGAGUUGCUGUGGUUGGGGUUCUUUGCAGCGGUGAGUCCAGUGCUGCUCAAGUGUCAUCCUUUGACAGAAAUGACUUUCUUCAUCACCAACAUCUGGCUCUCUGUGGAGGACCAUUCCGGCUAUGACCUCCCAUGGUCAACCCACAAACUGGUGCCUUGGGGUCUGUAUGGAGGAGCACCACACCACGAUCUUCAUCACUUGAAGUUCAAAUUUAACUAUGCACCUUACUUCACGCACUGGGACCGGCUCUUUGGAACAUUGAGCCAUGCUGUCAGCGGAGAUGGAGCACCUGCAAAGACCCCCAAAGAGUAACUUCAGCUACCCACCUCCUGCUAGAGACAAUAUUGGGGCAUUCUGGAGUGAAAAAAUGCCUGAAGACAUUUAUAUUGCACAUUUUUCUAUUACUGUAUUUAUGAAAUAUUUAUAACCUUACCUAGGAUUGUUUGGCAGAAAAAACAGUUGUAAAGGUACCAGCCAUCUGAAAGACAGAGUUCUCUUUCUGGAUGGCUAUCUAAGCUUUUAUAAAGCUGCUGUAUGUGUCUGACAUUUAUGUAAGAUGUUUUUGCUUGCUUGCUGGUAUGAAAUGUGUAGUGAGAUUGGAAAGGAUACCUAUAAAUGAUUCCUAUGGAAUUUGUCUUGCCUUUGCACUGAGAAUGUAAAACACACCAAGAGUGCAACAGAGACAUGUUUAAAACAAAUUGCUGAACAGCGACCAACCUCAUGAAAACUUGCAUUUAUCGUAUUGUUGUUAAAUUAAAGCUAAACUAUUUAUAUUCUAUUAUUUUAUACUGGAGAAAUAAACACCAGUUUUUGUAAUA